CCUCUUGGAACAGGGCAAGUCGUGUAUGGCAGCAAGAAUCCAACCAGGACCCUGAGUGCUGGGGCAAAGAGAAGGGGACAGAGGAGACAAGAAGCUGAAGGCUGCCAAAAUCACCAUUCCAAUUGGCUCCUGAUUCCUGGUGAAUCCAUCCCUCAGCUAAUAGAGGGAGAGUGCUAAAUCAUGAAACUAAUUGCCAUCUUUUUCCUCUGCUCCAGGCUGCUACCAAGUUUAACCCAGGAACCGGUGUCCGAGGAAAUGGACUGCAAUGACGAGGAUUUAUUUAAAGCUGCAGAUGCUGCUCUGAAGAAAUACAACAGUAGAAGCAAAAGUGGCAACCAGUUUGUAUUGUACCGCAUAACUGAGGCCACUAAAACGGUUAACCCUGAAAUAUUUUAUUCCUUAAAAUACCAAAUCAAGGAGGGUGACUGUCCCGUUCAAAGUGACAAAACCUGGCAGGAUUGUGGCUACAAUGAAGGUGCAGAAGCGGCCACAGGAGAAUGCACGGCAACUGUAGGGAAGAGGGAGAAUGAAAAGUUCGUCGUGGCUACGCAGACCUGCCAGAUUACUCCAGCCGAGGGUCCUGUGGUGACAGCCCAGUAUAACUGCCUGGGCUGUGUGCAUCCCAUAUCAACGAAGAGCCCCGACCUGGAACCUGUGCUGAGACACGGCAUUCAACACUUUAACAACAACACUCAUCAUUCCCACCUCUUUGCUCUUAGUGAAGUAAAACAGGCCCAAAGACAGGUGGUGGUUGGAUGGAACUUUAAAACUACCUACUCAAUCGUGCAAACUAAUUGUUCGAAGGAGAAUUUUCUGUUCUUAACUCCAGACUGCAAGUCCCUUUCGAAUGGUGAGACUGGCGAAUGUAUAGAUAAUGCAUACAUGGAUAUUCACCUAAGAAUUGCUUCCAUCUCACAGAACUGUGAACUUUAUCCAGCGGAAGUCCCUAUACCACCACCUCGCAAGAUUUGUGCUGGCUGCCCCAGAGAUAUACCCACCAACAGUCCAGAGCUGAAGGAGGCACUGACUCAUUCCAUCACAAAGCUUAAUGCAGAGAAUAAUGAAACUUUCCAUUUCAAGAUUGACACCGUGAAAAAAGCAAGUGUACAGGUGGUAGCUGGACAGAAAUUUUUUAUUGAGUUCACGGCCAGGGAAACCACAUGUUCCAAAGAAAGUAAUGAAGAGUUGACUGAAAGUUGUGAGACCAAAAAUUCUGGCAAAGCUCUAGACUGCAGUGCUGAAGUUUAUGUGAUACCAUGGGAGAAAAAAAUCUAUCCUACUGUCAACUGUCGACCAGCAGUAAUGAUCUCAUUGAUGAAAAGGCCUCCAGGUUUUUCACCUUUCCGAUCAGCACUAAUAGAGAAAAUAGGAGAAGAAAUAACUAAGCACUUAAGGUCCUGCGAGUACAAGGCCCAACCCCCAAAGCCAGAGGCAGAGCCAGCAUCUGAGAGGGAGGUGUCCUGACCAGUGGGCAGAAUCUUCACUCCUGGCAACUAGCCCCAGCAACCUCUGCCAGCAACCUUGAGUGGAAAAACAAGAAGAAAGAUGGGAUAGAAUUUAAAUAGAGAAGAAUACCAUUUAAACACUGUGUUCCUGGGUGAAAUAAAGUUCAGUCUUGACAUGCUCU